GUCAGAUGACCAGGGCUUCCAGGACUCAAAGGAUGACAUGAAGAUGCCCAUGGUCGUAGUGAAGUACUUGGCCAAUGGUGACCUGUCUGUCAAGUUCGGGUAUCCCAUGCCAGAUGGUGGGUGCCAGAAGAUAGAGACGACUUUCACCAAGGGUGCCGUGGCCGGGCAGUUCAGCAACCCAGCCAUGGCACAGAUGGACAUCCGCGUGCCCUUCACAGACUACCUGCACUUCGCUGUGAUGUACUUCAAGACUCAGAAGCAAGGCAUGGAGAAUGUCUGGCUGCAGCUCUACGCCCGCAGCCCAGAGAUCUUUCCUGAAGGUGCACAGAAGAUGCAGCAGCUGGCAGCCCAAGUGGGCCUGAACCCCAGCCAGGGUGCUCUGCUGCCCGGGUCCGAUCAGUGUGUCGGUGCUUUGGCAUAGGUGAGUGCCCUCAGAAGUCCCUCCCAAAGUCCCAUGCCCACCCCAACCCAGGGAUUCACUGGGGGCAGACUUGUGUAGGAGAGGGCUGGAAGGCGUGGUCACUGUAGCCCUCUCCUACCACCUCCCACCACCACACUGGCCAUGCUUGGGAACCAGCUGGGGUGGGGGCGAGGGCAACAGAAUCAGGGCUACGUGGCCUGCACCUGCUCGUUGCUUUUCAGUAAAGGAUCCAGUCACAGUCACUGGGGUGCCAGUAAGGAUCAUGCUGCUUAUGUGCCAAGUCUUCCCUAAAGAGCUUCCCUUCUCUCCACCGCUC